AUGGCUCCUCCAUGGUUUCAAGAGCUCCAUCUCCGCCACUUGAGCAUUUCUGUGACCAUUGAUAAAACGUUUAUGGUUACGCCAUCAAGGCCUAUUCCCGUUAAACCAGGUGACAGUUUGUAUCUUUCCAACCUCGAUGACAUGAUUGGAGCUCGUGUAUUUACACCUACAGUGUACUUUUAUCAAUCAGACAACUUGAGUUCUUCCCAAAAACCUGUGACAAAAACACUUCGCAAUGCUCUCGCUGAUGUUUUAGUGCCAUAUUACCCUCUCUCGGGCAGGCUCAAAGAGACCAAGAAUGGUAAGCUAGAAGUGUUUUUUGGACCAGAACAAGGAGCAUUCAUGGUUGAGGCAAGAUCUGAUAUUGCCUUAGCUGAACUAGGAGACCUCACAGCUCCAAACCCAGCUUGGGAACCUUUGAUCUUCAAGUUCCCCAAUGAAGAACCAUACAGAGUCCUUGAAAUGCCACUGGUAAUUGCUCAGGUUACCCUUUUCCGCUGUGGUGGUUUUAGCCUUGGUUUAAGGCUCUGCCAUUGCAUAUGUGAUGGCCUUGGAGCUAUGCAGUUCCUAGGUACAUGGGCUGCCACAGCAAAAACAGGGAUGCUAGUUACAGACCCUGAGCCAUGUUGGGAAAGGGAAAUUUUCAAGCCUCGUGACCCACCUGUGGUAAAAUUCCCACACAUGGAGUUCAUGAGAAUUGAUGAGGGCUCCAACCUCACAAUGACACUAUGGCAAACCAAGCCUGUUCAAAAGUGUUAUCGGAUCAAGCGUGAGUUUCAAAACUGCUUGAAAGCUCUUGCUCAACCAUUUGAUGCUGCAGGUUGCACCACUUUUGAUGCUAUGGCAGCUCAUAUUUGGAGAUCAUGGGUGAAAGCUCUUGAUGUGAAACCACUUGAUUACCAGCUUAGGUUAACAUUCUCAGUUAAUGCUCGCCAGAAACUUAGAAACCCACCACUGAGAGAAGGGUUUUACGGCAAUGUGGUGUGUGUUGCAUGCACAACAAGUACUGUGUCUGAGCUUGUGCAUGGAAAGCUCCCAGAGACUACCCUUUUAGUUCGUGAAGCUAGACAAAGUGUCUCAGAGGAGUAUUUGAGGUCCACAGUGGAUUAUGUUGAUGUGGAUAGGCCAAGGCAACUUGAGUUUGGGGGUAAACUAACAAUAACUCAAUGGACUAGGUUCUCAAUAUACAAGUGUGCAGAUUUUGGGUGGGGUAGGCCACUCUAUGCUGGUCCUAUAGAUUUAACGCCCACUCCUCAAGUUUGUGUGUUUCUACCUGAAGGGGAUGCUGAUUCUAGUGGUUCUAUGAUAGUGUGCAUAUGCUUGCCUGAGUCUGCUGCUCAGAAGUUUACACAAGCCUUGUUGCUCGAUUCAGUGUUGACAUAA